AGCCUGCGGUAUCGUUAUAGCGCAGCUCAGCUGCAUUUCCAUUGGGGCUCCUCCAGUCGAAUCGCUGGUUCUGAACACAUGGUGAACAGCAAACAGUAUGCGGCAGAGAUGCAUGUAGUGCACUACAAUUCGGACAAGUACCCCAACAUAUCCUCUGCUGUCGACAAAUCUGAUGGUUUGGCCGUGCUCGGUGUUCUCAUCGAGGUUGGGGAGUUUAAUCCAACUUUUGAACAAUUUUUAAGGUUCAUCAAUGGCAUCAAAUAUCGAGAUCAAAAAGUUCAGGUGCCUGGUUUUAACAUUAGAGCCCUGCUGCCCGCUCGUUUGGAUGAAUAUUAUCGAUACGAUGGAUCGCUGACGACUCCCCCGUGUUAUCCCAGUGUACUGUGGACGGUGUUCAGAAAUACCAUGACAGUCUCUCAAAAACAGUUUAAUGCCUUGGCUACAGCCCUCUACUCCUCCUCUGCCCAGGAAUCAGCAACAAUUCCGCUUCACAGCAACUACAGAAAAGCCCAGCUGGUUGACAGCAGAAUUGUCCUGGCCUCUUUUAAAGAAGGCAGAGGACUGCAUGGUACUCUUACAGUCACAUCCCCACACACCAGGAAGCAAAUCAUUCAGCAGCUGCUGGUCGGUGACCUAGCAGACUUGGCUGAUGAAGAGCUAUAUAAGCUCCUACCAACCGGAUCCCAGAAGCUCCAAGCUGGCAGGAGGAAAAACCUCAAGAACUUGGAGAGGGACGACCAGACUAAACCAAAACAACAAAUGACGAGUCCAUCUCUUAGGAGGAAGAGCAGCUGCUUUGUGGGAAAGUUGGGGCUGGCUGGAGACACGCUGCGCUAUAGCUCACUAGAGCAAAGAGUUUUCCAUCAACUCAAAGAGUCUCACAGAAAGAAUCAACUGGUCGAGGCUCUCAGAGAUGCAGUUUAUCCUGAACUGAACCUCAAGAGCUACAUGGACUGCAAGUCACACCUAGCCCUUCCAACCGUGAGGCAAAUUCUGUGUGGACGGCCGACUGACGAGGCCCUCGAGUUGGAACGCUCCCUGACAAAAGCUUGGAUGAAUCAAAGGGAAACUUCUGUGGCAAACAAGCAGAAGAGCCACGUAACAAAGUAUGGCAGCAUUUCGAAACCUCCCAGUCAGGGUUACCCACAUCCUUGGCUUCUGCCAAUGGAAUGGGAAGAUUAGGUAUAUCCUUAACAUUUCAAACUCUUUUGCUGUAAAUAUAAAUUUCUAUCUGUGAAUAACUUUUCUUUUUUUAAAUCCACAUUUUCUUCAUUUAUUCAAUAAUAAAUCAAAAAUAAAUAAUUUAUUUUUUACUGUGUGCACAGGAAAAAUGUUUUAAUUACUGUUUCUUUUUCUGUAAUAUAUUUAUUUUUUCAUUGGUCAAGGCUCAUUAUAGAUUGUCCUUAUCUGUUUUUGCAUUUGUGCACAUUUUCCAUCAGACCUGAUGGUAUUUCUUGCAAAAAACAAGAAAAGUUUAUGACUUAAACCGUCUGUGGCUCAAAAUUCAUUUCAAAUUUAAAACUUCAAUGAAUACAGUGAAAGAACAGAAUUGUUCAUGUAAUUUUAUAAAGGAAAAGCUUUAGAGUGUACUAAUGAGCCUUGUAGGCUUUAAUAAACUAUUUUUUAACACUGUUAAAAAUAACUGAAAUAUUGUACUUGUGAUGAAAUCCUAGAAGAAGACUAAAUAGUUUGAUCUUCUCUGUUUUAUGUGCUAACAUUGUGCUGCUCUUAGAUCUAGUUUUUUGUUUAAAUUGUUUUACUUUAGAUACAAAUUUAGCUACUUUGUCUUACUUUCUCGACGUUUUACAUCUAAAUGUUUCUUCAGUCUGACUUGUAGGGGCUGGUAUUGGGAAAUUUCUCCUUUUUGAAUGAAUAAAUUCAUAUCUCUCAUUCACUUGUCCAUGUGGGAUUCUCAUCCAUUAAACAACAACCAUUGAAAGCUUUACAGUACAGAGACUCAUAUAUACCCAAUGUUGAGAGUAACUUGUUACAAAAGUAACACAUAACAAGUUCAUAUUACUUUUUGAUGGGACACAGUGUACUUUUGGGCAAUAGUUUACUCAUUGUGCUACAGAUUCAACAGGUCAGGGG